GAGCGUGCACAGCGCGAUCUGCUGUGCCUCGCUCCCUGCACCUCGGAGUUGCAGCCCUCGCUGUCGGCGCGGUUCCUCCAGGGGGUUCCAUCUGCGUGCGGCUGUGCUCCGCUUCUGAGCACACGGGUGUUCGUGAUUCUCCUGUGCCCUCGUCUGCUCGUCCUUCCUUCUCCCAAACCCGGCCUUUUUGGCAGGUUGAAAAAGAAUCAGAUGCAGGGACUUUUAAACAAUUUUUUGUGGGAGUAGGUGGUAGCACAGACGGAUUUGUUAAUAUUCCUGCUAAAGGUUAUAAUGUGCUAUUUGUUCAAUACCAGGGAGUCUACUUUGCAGAUGUAUUUCAAGAUAAAUCAAAUAAAGCCUACCUUAGUUCAGUUACUCACACAACUUCUCCAUCUAUUUUGGUGAUUUAUGGCUUGAUGAUGCUGUAUCAUUGUAAAACAAAUAUUUAAAAUUGAAAUUAAUUUUGGUAGCUCAGGAAGCUUGUUUCUGGGUGUAUUUUGACAACACAGUUAUGUCCCUCUGUGCCCUCAGCUCUCAUGUUGCGUUCAGUGUUAAGAACGGUAACACACUGGGUGGACUUUACCUUACUUGGACAAUUACCUGCUUAGCAUUUCCCAUCUGAAACUCUUUGACUUUAAAAUAAAAAAUCUGUAGUCUUAAGUGGAUUUUAUUUAUUGCUGCAUUUUGAAGUCAUAUGUUUUAACCCAUUUCUACAGGGUGAUUUCUUGCUUCCUGAAAUUCCAUCUGGAGCUCAAAGGUUUUAAAUUGGGCGUCUUGUGUAUGUGAGAAUUCUUAUUCUAAGUGAAUUCUCACGUAAUUAUAUUUCACAUAGUUUAAGAGAGCCUAAAGGAUUUGCUGCUUUUACAGCAUGUCUACAGGCCCUAUGAUGUUGGGGGGCCUGCCUGUAGCAGCCUAAGGUGCUCACAUCAGGAUUUUUUCCUUGAGCUGAAGAUAAGUAGGGGUACUCUUCCUCGCAGUGUUUUGGUUACCUACUUAGUUAUGAUCAUGUUGCAAGGCUAAAUUUUAUAUCGGGUAGUAUGAUUUAAUGAAGCAGAGUAUCUCUUUUUUGAUUAUGCAAUAUUAACGUAUUCAAAAAGCUGAGAAUUGCAGGUUCGAAAAUGUUGUCAUGGAAGCUUCAUCAUUGGGAGUCGCCUAGUUUUUAUUUAGUAUUGUAGAAUAUGUAGCAUAUAAACUUCGUGUCAUUAAAGGAAAUACUGUAAACUUGGUAAACUAAAUUACUUUGUCCACUAGGUGUCUGUAGUUCCAAGCAGGAUGAAGCCUGAAAGGAUGAUACAUAAUGAAGCUUCAAAGUAGCCAAUAUCUGUGGGUUUUAAGUUUGGAAUUAAAUAAAGAUAGAGAUGUGGAAAGAAUACAUGGAAGUGGUAUCAACACCCUUGACAUAGAGCCUGUUGAGGGAAGAUACAUGUUAUCUGGUGGAUCGGACGGUGUUAUUGUACUUUAUGACCUUGAAAAUUUGAGCAGGAAACCAAGUUACACAUGUAAAGCAUUUUUUUCGGUUGGAAGGAGUCAUCCUGAUGUACAUAAAUUCAGUGUGGAGACAGUCCAGUGGUAUCCUCAUGACACUGGCAUAUUUACAUCGAGCUCAUUUGAUAAAACCUUGAAAAUAUGGGAUACAAACACUUUACAACCUGCAGAUAUAUUUCACUUUGAAGGGACAGUCUAUAGCCAUCACAUGUCUCCAGUUGCUACAAAGCAUUGCUUAAUAGCAGUUGGUACCAAAAGCCCCAAAGUACAGCUCUGUGACUUGAAGUCUGGAUCCAGUUCUCACAUUCUGCAGGGUCACAGACAAGAAGUAUUGGCAGUGUCUUGGUCCCCACGUCACGAAUACGUUUUGGCAACAGGAAGUGCUGAUGGUAGAGUAAAAUUAUGGGAUGUGAGGAGAGCUUCUGGAUGUCUGAGUACACUUGAUCAGUACAAUGGAGAAAAGUCCAAAGCAUCUUCUGAGACAGCAAACACUGCUCACAAUGGGAGAGUUAAUGGUUUAUGCUAUACAAAUGAUGGACUUCACCUGCUAACUAUUGGUACAGAUGAUCGGAUGCGACUCUGGAAUAGCUCCACUGGAGAAAACACCUUAGUGAACUAUGGGAAAGUCUGUAAUGAAAGUAGGAAAGGACUCAAAUUUGCCAUCUCUUGUGGCUGUAAUCCCGAGUUUGUCUUUGUUCCAUAUGGAAGUACCAUUGCUGUUUAUACAGUUUUCACAGGCGAGCUGAUAACUAUGCUUAGAGGGCAUUAUAGUACUGUCAACUGCUGUGUAUUUCAACCUCAUUUUCAGGAACUUUAUAGUGGUAGCAAAGACUGCAAUAUCCUUGCGUGGAUACCAGCUCCACGAGAGCCAGUUCCGGAUGAUAUUUCUGAAAAGUCUCUGCCUCAACAAUGUGUAAAUCCAGCAUAUGAAGACGCAUGGAGCAGCAGUGAUGAUGAAGGCUGAAUUUAAAUUAUGAGCUGAUAUAAAAUUGACAUUCAGCCACUGCAUUCACAGACUUUUACAGAACUGGACAUUGUUGGAUUUAUCACAACUGGAUUUUAGGUACAGUUCUGUCAGAGCAAGGUCUUUCAGAAAUAACUUUCCAGUGUUCUCUGUGUUUCUCUGUCACUUUAAUGUUAAAUCCAAAGGAUUACUUUUUCAUACUUGCUGACUUUUGUACUUGCACAUGAGUCUACUUUAUUCAGUGUUGAACAGCUGAUAAAGCAAAAAAAUAAAAGCCCUUGGGACCAGUAAAAA